GAUUUCGAUGAAGUCAAACAACUGGAAGAACUGAAAAAUUCCUUAGUGAGCCGCGACGGGCAGCUGGUGGCGCGGCUGCAGCAGCGCGUGGACAGCACGCAGGAGGAGGCGGCCGCCACGCCGGCCACGCGCGUGCUCACCGAGGUGGACAUCCCGGAGCGCGGCGUGCACAAGACGCUGCUGCAGCAGCCGCAGCAGCCGCAGGCGCAGGCGCCGCCGCAGGCGCAGCCACAGCAACCGGCGGCGCCGCAGCCCGGCCAGGAAGCGGCCCUGGCACAGCCGCAGUCCCCGCCGCCGCCGCCGCCCCCGGCAGACAUCACCGACAACGGCGAGCGCCGCGCCGCCCCCGACACCAACAGCUUGGCGAAGUACCUCCCAUAUUCAGGAGUCCAGUACUCACCGCUGGACAUGGCAGAGUACGUCUUUUGGACCGGCGACGAACGUGGCGUCACGCUCGCUAUUGAAGAGUUUCUGCAGGAAGGACUGAUGACUCGAGAAGAGGCCAUUAAUUUCCUUCAGGAGAUUAAGUAUAAUUUGGACUUCCUGCAGACACACUAUGCGCAACAACGUCUACAUAAACAGGAACAAAUUCAGGCCAAGGAAAGGGCAACCCUAAUACAGAAGGCACUUGGCUUAGACAAACCAAGAGCAGAACCAAAGAUGAGUACAGAAAUAACACAUGAAGGCCUUUUCACUAAGAAGAGCAUUCCUGAUAUCCAAGCUACUCCGAAGGAUAUCACAAUGAUGAACAAUAAUAGACUGCAACAGCAAAAUCUCGGUCUAUCAGAUGAAGAUUACGAAGAACUCUUGGAGAGACUACGCGUUGCCGACUUUCUGUACACAGAAUAUUCUCUGGAAGAAGUUAUUUAUCAACUGGCAAAAGUCAUGUUUGCGCAAUCUCUGAACCGAGGCAAUGCUGAUGCACAAGAGGCACUUCAGAAGUUCACAAAUUUUCUGGAAUCAGAAGCUGAACAAGGACACAUUUCCAGAAGUUUGGAAAAGAAAGUUCUGGAUGUUCUUAUUGCAUCUUUAGCAGACACAUUAUCGGAACACCCUCAUCUUGUAAACGCUGCUCGUGAAGGUCUUGGCUCCUCAGGAGGGAACAAACUUCUUCAUCAACUACUACUUCUCAAUCCGGCAGCCGUUGUUGGAGAAGGAGCUGGCGCAGGAGGCACAGGAAACAAUCAAGACUUCACCAGCGGAAAUGAUAGUCAUCAAUCCACUCUUGCCAAAGCACGGCAAAUGGUAGAUGCCAAUGGAGGAAGCACAAACAAAUCCAACAAGGCUACUUAAUUGCCUCCUUUAUGAAAUCAUGAUCCCAAACAUCAGUAGCUCUUUACAUCAUUAAGCUACAUGAUGAUUUGUAAAUAUAAUUACCUCCAAAUUGCUUUAAGGACUUACAUAAAACUAAAAUUCUCAAUUUAGUUCCAAAUAUUUUCAUGAAAUUAUUGUUGGAAUUGAUUUGCAUGCAAAAUAUUGAAUACAUUUUAUUACCUGUUAAUUAUGAAUCUUAUAUUAAUUUUUGUGAAAAAUAAAUUCUACCCCCCCCCCCCAGUUCAAUUCCAGAUGACAUAAUAAAACCAAUAGGAUUGCAAAUAACAUGAUACUAAAAUCUUGAACUUCUAAAGCAAAAUAUUUCGGAGAAAUAUAAAUUUCAAAUACUCUGGUCACAUUCUACAACACUUUAUACUAAGGGUUAUUUCAGUUUCUUGUCAUACCGAAAAAAUUUACUCUUGGAAUCCAUUCUGUGUGAGAAAACCACAGUGUAUUCAGAUGCAUAGAAUUACGUCAUUAAUAUGUUCUUGUAACUUUACAUCUCCUAAGUGUCCAAUUGUAUGUAGAAAUAAAGGAAUGUUUCUAUGCUCAUUUCACAGAUAUCAAAUGUAUAGUUUUUGAAAUGGUGGGGAAUAUUUUGAACCUAUCAGAAGAUACCUAAUUUAUUAAGGUAAAGAGGAUAAAAUAAGUUCUCACAAAAAAUGUUGAAAAAUGGCAUAUCAUGCCAUGACUAUACUCUGUACUUUUCAUUGAAAUAAAGAAACCUUUAGUUUCCUCCCUGC